AAUGUCUUACGGCCCGCGGACACCGACGCGACAGCCCUUCCCAUCCCCCGCGUGCUGUGUUCCCAGUCGGCACUUGAAUGAUAUGUCUUGCCUUUCGUGCAUCGCCUGUCCAUCAUAUCGCCCCCAUAGGCCUUUUUGGAUGCGGAUUGUGACGGUGAGUAGGAAGGAGGUGAUCUGUGAGACCUGGGGACGGCUGAGGCGCUGGUCUCAUCUACAGGAAGGAUCUAGUUGGGGAGGCUGCCUUCCUCCGAUGUCACGGGUGAGCAAGGAGUCAAUACGCAUGUUUGCCACCCAAGUUUGUAAUGUCAUGUAGGCUGUUCAGAACGUAGGCUUGGAUGAGUGAAUGAUACAGAUAUCUGUUGGCUACCUAGAGACUGUUGCCUUAUGACGAGGGUAUGUAUUCCGUCUCGCCACCAUU